AUUGGGUUUUACUGAACCAAUCAAGGCAAACCACAUAGGGUUGUCUGCCAGGCUGGAUGACAUAAUAACAAUGGCAACUGUCAGCGCGUGGUGCUUGUCAGGAUUAAAAUUGCUAUCUUUAUUUUGUUUAUGCAGUGUUUUAGCUGGGAGGGAUUUCUACUCCAUCUUGGGUGUAUCUAAAAGUGCGAACACUAAUCAGAUCAAGAAAGCGUACCGCACGCUGGCCAAAGAGCUGCAUCCGGACAAAAACAAAGACGAUCCGGAUGCGUCCCAGAAAUUCCAAGACUUGAGUGCGGCUUACGAGGUCCUCUCCGACUCGGAAAAGCGGCGGACCUACGAUCAAUGUGGGGAGGAGUGUCUGAAGAAAGAUGGCAUGAUGGAUUCCGGAAAUCCGUUUGCCAGUUUCUUUGGGGAUUUUGGUUUCUUUGGGGGCGGAGGAGGCAACCAACAUGAGACUCCAAAGGGUGCAACAAUAACCAUGGAUCUUUAUGUAACUUUGGAAGAGUUGUACAAUGGUAAUUUUGUAGAAGUGACUCGGAAUAAGCCCGUGAUGAAGCCGGCGCACGGCACCAGGAAGUGCAACUGCCGGCAGGAGAUGGUGACCAGGCAGCUGGGCCCCGGCCGGCUGCAGAUGAUGCAGCAGACUGUCUGCGACGAGUGCCCCAACGUGAAGCUGGUGAACGAGGAGAGGCUGCUCGAGAUAGAGAUCGAGCAGGGCAUGGUGGACGGCCAGGAGAUCAAGUUCGUGGCGGAGGGGGAGCCGCACCUGGACGGCGACCCGGGCGACCUGGUGUUCAAGGUGAAGGCGGUGCCGCACCCCACGUUCGAGCGGCACGGCGACGACCUCCACACCAACGUGACGGUGUCGCUGCAGGACGCGCUGGUGGGCUUCACGGCCGACGUGCGGCACCUGGACGGCCGUGUGGUGCAGGUGGCGCGAGACAAGAUCACCUGGCCGGGGGCGCGCAUACGCAAGAAAGGGGAGGGCAUGCCCAACUACGACAACAACAACCUCCAUGGCAACCUCUACAUCACCUUCGACGUUGAGUUCCCCAAGGCAGAGCUGUCCGACGAGGAGAAAGAAGCAAUCAAGAAGAUUCUCAAGCAAGGCUCCACAAAGAAAGUGUACAAUGGACUACACACGUUUUAACGUCAGACCUCUAAGUGAAUUCGGAGCUGCGUUUCGACUUGAAAUUCCUCGCUGAGCUCUUCAUCUGGCAUGAAGUAGCAAGUACAAACAUUUCUUACUGUUGAUUCCAACUGUAUGCAGUGAAGAUAUCCUCCCCCUUUGUCACUUGAUUUUUUGCAUCUUGUGACGUGCGUCUAUGAACCGGGUUUGGAAGAUGUGUUUCAAAAUGUUGUGUGUGAUUUGUAAAUUGGGCAUUGAAACUUUACUGUGAAAACUUUGUGUGCUUGUGCGUGUGUUUGUUUUAUGUAUUCAGUAAGGAACAUGUAAUGUGAAUUUAAUAGGACAGAAAAAUUUUAGACCUUGUGACAGAGCUAUCGAAGUACCACUUGUUAAGUUAUUGUUAUCGAAAUUACGGAACUACAUAUUUGAUUAGAGUUGCUCAACAAAUUUUUAGUGUUCUCAGUGUGAUUUUCUUGAAAGAGUGGCUUGUUUAUCAGAUGUUCUUUAAAAAGAAGUACAUACAUUGUUUUUUUGUUA